CCUGCAUCCCGGACCAAGAGCCACCCCCACACCGAGCGUGUCUCGGAGGGUGGCGGAUCGGAGGCCGGGCCCGCGCGAGGAGCCGCUCUGCGCCGGGAGCAGCAGCCCCUGCAACGCGGAGUUUCUGAAGAUGUCAGCAGAUAUCCCGUUAAAUAUUAAUAUUAAGGAGCCCCGAUGGGAUCAAAGCACUUUCAUUGGACGCGCCAGUCACUUCUUUACUGUAACAGAUCCCCGGAAUAUUUUGUUAUCUGAUGCCCAGCUAGAAAAUGCAAGAAAAAUUGUUCAUGAUUACAGACAAGGUAUCGUGGCACCUGGCUUGACAGAAGAUGAUUUGUGGAGAGCAAAAUAUAUCUAUGAUUCCGCCUUUCAUCCAGACACUGGUGAAAAGAUGAUCUUGAUUGGCAGAAUGUCAGCUCAGGUCCCAAUGAACAUGACUAUCACAGGUUGUAUGAUGACCUUUUACAGAACGACACCAGCGGUGGUUUUCUGGCAGUGGAUUAACCAGUCCUUCAACGCUAUAGUCAAUUACACAAACAGGAGCGGUGAUGCCCCCAUCACGGUCAGCCAGCUGGGAACAGCCUAUGCCUCUGCUACCACGGGUGCUGUUGCAACUGCUUUAGGACUUAAUGCACUAACCAAGCAUGUCUCACCUCUCAUAGGAAGAUUUGUUCCUUUUGCUGCUGUUGCAGCUGCUAACUGUAUUAAUAUUCCACUAAUGAGACAAAGGGAACUCAAGUUUGGAAUCCCYAUCACAGAUGAGAAUGGGAACAGACUGGGUGAAUCAACCAAAGCAGCUCAGCAGGCAAUUACUCAGGUGGUUAUAUCAAGGAUUCUGAUGGCUGCUCCUGGCAUGGCAAUUCCUCCCUUUAUAAUGAAUACAUUGGAGAAGAGAGCCUUUCUAAAGAGAUUUCCAUGGAUGAGUGCUCCCAUUCAAGUUGGAUUAGUUGGCUUCUGUCUUGUCUUUGCAACACCUUUGUGCUGUGCCCUGUUUCCUCAGAAAAGUUCCAUGGCUGUAGCACGCUUGGAACCAGAACUGCAAGCCAAGAUCCGAGAGAGCCGCCCUGAAUUAGAACGUGUAUACUUUAAUAAAGGAUUAUAAUUCAAGGAAGGCAGAAUACCUUUCACAGAGGAUCUUGUGAACUGAGUUAUGUGCCAAUAUAGUUGAAGAGAACUCACUUAACCUGUGCUUUUGUUAAACAACUUCAAUCAUGCACAUUAUUUUAUAUUUAAAGACCUUUCCUCAUUAUAGUGUUUAUGU